ACUCAUUAUUUUCUGACUUCCUUGAAAGAGCAGGGCUAUAUCAUGAGUGAAUGUGAUCACUGACCAUAAUCAGCAAAGACAGUUUGGAUGCAGAGAAACAUCAGACAUCAGUGAAGAGACUUCAUCCAGGUUUCAAGCUGAAGAAUGGCAAACAUCUCUGGUAACACCACCUUCCUGAAUGUGACCACUGACUAUUAUGACUAUUAUGAUGACCCUCUGGAUGAGUAUUAUGACUACACCAUCCCCAUGUAUGCAACCACUGACUAUUAUGAAGACCUUCUGAAGUAUUAUGGCAACCUCUCCUCCAUCAUGCAUGCAGUGACAUGUAUCAUCAUUUCUAUCGGCCUCCCUUUGUUACUCAUGGUCAUCUAUGCUCUCUACUCUCUGGUAAAGAAUGGUCAGGUGGCUCCAAUCUACAUCAUCAACCUUUUCAUAUCAGACCUCAUUCAGUUCUGCUGUAUGAUCGUUGAGGGGUCAGGACCUGAGGGAGAGAUGAUAGAGAACAUUGUGACCUGUAUUUAUGAUUGUGGUCUAUCCACUAGUGUUGGCUUCAUGCUGUGUAUUUCACUGGAAAGAUAUUUGGUCAUCGCCCACCCACUGUGGUACCGCUUCAGACGAACCAUCAGGAUCUCUGUGGCGGUCUGUGUUGUAGUCUGGAUCAUACCUGCCAUCUUGAUUUUUACUGUGGUUCCCUGGGUUUCUUUGGUUGUCACAGACGUCAUCUCCUCCAUCUUCUUCAUCACUCCCCUCCCACUGUUCAUCUUCUUCCUGGUUGGGACCCUCAGAGCUCUCUCUACUUCUGUCUCAGUCCCCUCUGAUGAAAAACGCAGAAUCGUGGCAAUCUUAGUCCUGGUGCUGCUGAUUUAUACUCUGCUGUUCCUGCCUCACAUUAUUGUCCUCACUGCAGGAACAUACAUCCAUGAUUUCACUGUAAUUGUCCUGUCCGACAUGUUUCUAAGGCUGAGUCCACUUGCAGACUUACUUCUGUUUGUUUUCAUCAAAAAAGAGACCUUUGGGAAGCUUUGGUCCUCUGUGCACUGUUGCAGAAAGGAGAACCAUGACACCAACAACACCAACACAAUCAGUCUAGACCAUAUAUAGACCAGUCGUUAUCAGUUAGGGGGGCGGAGCCAAAAAGUAGCUGAUUGAGCUGUUUUCAGAAGGUCACAAAUAUGGGGGCCAGAAGUUCUGGAUGUCUGAGUGAGCCCAUGUUUCUAUUUGAUUGACUCCAUUUUCCCAUAAUAAGGAGUAAAUUUAGGUUGUUUCCCAAAGAUCUCAACUAUUUCUCUCCUUUGUCAGGAUGACAAACCUGAGUUUCCCAAGAUAACAAGGUCAUUCCUCCAGAAAUAUCCCAAACUUCCCUUUUCAUGUGAAAGUGGAGUAAAGUGACUUGAAUGCAUGCUUGUCCUCUGCUCCAACCAUUCUUUCUAGGGGUGGGUAAAAAUAUUGAGUAAUCGAUGCAUUGCAAUAUUUCCUCCCCAAUUCAGUAUUGAUUCACCAAAUCCCCUGAAUCGAUUCACCUCCUGGCCAGUGGGGGUCGCUGUGCAUGUGAUCCGCAUUGUAUGGACGGAGGCCGCACACGACCAACCAUAACCAUGUUAUGUGAGGUUUAUCACAAUUUCCAAGAGGAAAAAAAUAUUAUUUAAGUUUACAUGCACUUUACUUUUCAGUGUUUAUACAGAACUGUCAUGUUUUUUACUUUUGUACUUCAUUUACAGAAAUAAGUUAUCAUUGUGCAAAUUUUUAUGUUCAGAUGUUUUAUUGCUCAAAAAUGUGAGGUGACUUACCACAUAUGUUCACAUGGUCAUGAAAAUAAUUAUUAAAAAAUUGUCAACAGGUUAUUUGUGUUUUUCUACUUCUUACUGAGUCGACAUCAUAGCAUUUAAAUCAACAUCGAAUCGAAUCGAAUCGAUUUUGAAUUGAAUCGCAACCUGAAGAAUCGAAAUCGAAUUGAAUCGUGAGGUUCUGAACAAUACCCAGCCCUAAUUCUUUCAAACAUCUUUGUUUUGUGCUGUCUUGCUGUUCAGUGGUGUUUUGUUCCUCCUAAACUGCAACAUCUUUUUAUUCAGUACAUUUGAGUGGUUGAACAUUAGUCUAAAUGUGGACCAGGAUUCUCAUGAAGAAGGUAGGGGAGUGUCCUGAGGAUUAAGAAAAGAGGAAACACGCCACAAAUGUUCUCCCUAAACAUUAUUUGUUAAGCUGUGCAUUUAAUACAUAGAAAUGAAUAUUAAAACA